CCCCAAGCAGUAUGUUGCGCAAGGUAAUGAACACGUCGUAGGAGUCCUGAGGCUCAACAUUCGCGUCAUGCGUGUUCGCGGUGCUAAAAAUACUUCACUCAGAUGAAAAAAUAGAUGCAACAUAUUUAUUCACAAAUGUUUGCAGUUCAGAAAUGGAGAUCCAGAGACGCUAUUCGAAAAUACUUAGAAGACGUCUGAGAACAGAAGGCUGGAGAUCCAGAGCCUCGCACUUCCGAUAUGAUAGUGCAACUACAGUAGCUGACUCUCAUAGAAUUACUUAUCAUCGGCUAUCCUUUAAACAGGCGUUGUACUUGUAACUACCUAGUUACAACUUCUCAUGAAGAUACCUCCAUCGUUCUUCACACGACCUACGCCUUCAUCUAUCACGCAUAUUAAGCAUCAUUCAUCAAAUAGAUUCAUUAUCUUCACUAAAAAAUUCGAAUGAAUAAAAUACAAAGCUUCAAGCACCACGAAAAAGAUGGCCUGCUCCAGCACCGGAAAUGGUAACAAGUUUCUGUCGAACGAUAGCGACCACAGUCCGAACGUGUUUGUCGUUUGGCUAUUACCCAGCAAUGAAGCAAAGCUGUACGAUCGUCUACAAGAUUGUAUCAACAAACUAGCGAAAGAAAACUCGACGCCGACCUUCGUUCCCCAUAUAACAGUCUGUGGCGCGAUUCAUCAGCUCGAGGCGGAAGAAAUAUGUAACCGGGUUCGAGAGGUUGUUGUUGCAGUAGCUUCUGAGUCUGGCUCUGGUUGUAAUGGAGGAGGUAGCAAUCAAAACAGAGGACCGCUUCUUGACCUGGACUUCGUUUCUGUUGGUUCUCAAGAAAAUUUCUGGGCACAAGACCUGUACCUGGAAGUAAAACAGACCGAACCAUUCUUAAGCUUAACAAGGAAGGUACAGGAGAAAUUAUUGAGCUCCAGCACCACGGGUGAGCGUGAGCGGAGUCUGUUCGCUCCUCCCUGUACAGUGCCUCAUUUAAGCCUGUUGUACCCGAAGGGCGGACACUCAGAACUUGAAGUCCUCGACGGAGCAGAGGGAGAAAAGCCUGAAGAUGCGCCUGCCUUGAUGAAGAUAAGGACGUUCUACACACAGUUGCGGGAAAGGAUAAAGGAGGAGUUUUUAGCUAAGGACGAUGGAAGUGCGAGUUCUUCAGCAUCGUCAGUUGGUGAAGAUUGUCUAGCUGUUGUACAAAUUGGCGGACGUACGGCUGAAGGUGUGAACAUUUCACGAGGAUGGCAAGGAAUACCAGACUGGAAAAUUGUCGAGAAGAUACCACUAAAACCCUGAGGACUUUCAUCAUUUAUGUUUAUGAAGAUCAUCAUCAUUGUCUGUACUUGCACUGAAAGGGCGAUGAACAGAUAUUAUCUACAAGCGACAUCAUGAUCAUCAUAAUGAAGUGCAGUAUGCAUUAUAGAUACUGUCACGACGUUCUUUG